AUGAUUCCACAUUUUCGAAAAGCUCUUCUACCUUCUAAACUACGAUCUUGGAAACAGGACCCGAGGGUCUCGAUUAGAUUCCUAGCGAAGCUACCGAAACACCCAAAAAUUGUUGUUGAAGAGCCCAAGUCGUACUCGAAUCCAAGCAUUCAACAAUAUCACGAUGAGUUUACAACAUACUUGACAGACACAAAAUUACCAAAUAAGCUAAAGCGAAAGCUUGUUUUCUCAAAAAUAGAGGACCUAAUUCAGCAGCCUGUUGGAACAGAGGGUAUCAACCUUUUAAGUUAUGUUUUAAAGAAUAUCACUGAAAACAGACUGAAUGAACCCAUACCGUUGGGUUUGGCAGUGAAAAUAUUUAACAAUACGUACAAUUAUUUGCUUCUGGAGCGUCCCGAUUUCCUUGAACGACUUAUGAGGCAGUUGAUUGCCAAUGGAAAUGAACUACCUGAUCAAACGCUAAUACUAUGGAUGGACUUUGUUUCUCGUCAACUGGUGGGUGUCGAAAAUAUUUAUCACCGAUUGGAGUACCGAAUGAAUGAUGAGUUUGUUGACAAGUAUUUUGACUUUUUAAAGAGUAACCACAGGUUGAACCUUGGUAUAUUUGAGUCUUUGUGCAAAGUGCGGGUGAAUGAUUCGUUUGUAUAUGCGUUGAAUGAAUAUGUCGAAAGUUUGUUUGGGGAUGAGCUCCCAGAAGUGCACUGUUUUGAGGAUUUGGAGAAAAGUUUGGACAGAGUACAGAUGUUGGUUUCCGAUGUGAUAGAAAAGAUUGACACAAAGAAGUUGUCGGUUCCUGCCUUAUUUGCCAUAUUUAAAUUGAAUGAGGAAUUUUUACAGGUUCUGGCAAGCUCACAAGCGGAAGCGGGCAGACUGAAACUUGUCCAUGGGUUAGCACUUAGAACCAAUGAGGUGUUGGAUACUAUAAAGGGCCAAAUAGGGCAAGAUGGUACGUUAAUGGAGUCGCUUUUAUUUGCUGCUAGACGAUACAAUAUGAAGUUGUGCAACGCAUCGGCAAAAUUAAUCCUUAGUGAUCAGAAGUGCUCCUCUGCUAUGAAGAUCGAAGCAAAGUUGAUGAAUGAGAUUCUUCUGCAGCAGAAAUUGGAGGUAAUUUUGAAAUCAGAAGAGGUUUCAGAGGAAAUUUUUGAAGCAACGAUACAAGCAGUUUCAAUAUCGCAUCCUCAUUUGACGGAUGUUGCGUUUGAUUACUACAGGGCCAAUGGGUUGCUUCCUUCAGCAAAAGUAUUCAAGGCAAUGCUUGACCUGGCAAUAAGUGAAAAUAAUUUUACGCUAGCAUUCAAGAUAUUCACAGACUCCACAUCUUAUCUCCAAUGGCCUGACUACUAUGACGAUCUUGCCAUUGCAAAAUCAUUAAAUGACCUUAUACAAUGUGUUGUUGCAAAUACACCUAUUAGAGAUUCAUUCCCCAUGUUUCAAAAAAUAAAAGCGCAAUUACAGCAGCCAAUAAAUAUUGACUCAAUCAAUGUAAUGUCCCUGGCUAUGUUGGAAGCCAAUUUGGUGGGAGAUGUCCUUGAAAUGCUCAAAAGGGAACUUCCCCGAAUCAAAGACGAAAAAUUACGAUUACCCAUUGACAAGCCAUUUGGACACAAGUACCUCCAAUUGUUCAAUACGCUUCACACCUACGCAAUCAGCAACACAUUUGAUAAAUCAGUGGCUAAUAACUGGUAUUUAUUCACACACUUGUACAAGUAUUUUCAUAUACCUCCUGAUUGCAUACUUCCAACGCUAAAGUUUUUCUGCCAACAUGAGAGAUGGAACGGUGCAUUGUUAAUUUUUAAUAAAAUGGUUGAUCAGCACCAGUUGCAUGGAGACCACUCGUUUCCACCACCUUCUCCAGAAAUAUACAUGUAUCUUUUGAAUGAGUUUGGCGACAAGUUGUACGAAGAAGGCGUGAUUCAGCUUCAUGACUGGCUAAAGAUGGAUACGAAUAUUCCUCGUGUGGGGUUGGAGCUCACAAAUGUGAUUAUGAAUGCAUACUGUAAUCUUCAAGAUGUGGCCAAAGUGCGUGAUUUAUUCAUUGCUGCCAACGUCAAUGAUAAAGUUGACGAAGAGAGUGCCAUUAUCAUGAUCAAAGCUUAUACAUACAAUGACCUUCACUAUGUGGAAAAGUUCUGGGACAACUUGUCAAAAUUUGGCUUGGUUCCAAACUACGACAUGUACAAACAGUACUUGAUUGCCUAUGCAUAUUAUGGCAAGACAGAGAAGGCUUUCGAAUUAGUGGAAAGGAUUGAUGAAUAUGAUUUAAAUGUAAGUGAAGACUUGUUGCUCAACCUUCACAAUUACUGUUACAUAGAGGACAAGCAACACGAGAUAAAAGAAUGGGCAAGGACAAAUUUCCCGCAAUUGUGGAAUAACGUUGAAAAAUCCGGUUUGCUCAUCGAGGCCACUGGCUACAAACCUCAUGAGCAUUUCUUGGUCGAUGGAUCAAUAGAAGAAAAACCAAAACUUAUAGAUAAAUAG